GCAUUUCGGAGCCCCGGAGUGACCAGAGCAAUAUAAUUGGGCAUGCUCAGUGGGUUGGCCUGGUUUGGAACAUAAAGAUGGCUUGAAACAGGGAUUUCAAUGCUGCUUGUUUCGAGAUUGGAUGCGUCUUCGUCCUAGCAUUAUAUUGGUAGUUUGCAGCCCCUCCCACCCUCUUGGCGCGCACAUCUUUUUUCCUUUUAUCCGUGUGCCCAAUUUUGGAGCCAGCCCUCCUGGAUCUCCUGGCCAAUCAAGAGACCACACAUUGUUGCCUAAGAGACCCCGGAUGCCAGCGAAAGGAUUUAUGGAUGGUGAUUGGCCUACUGGAAGCUAGGAGAGGUGGGGGCUGGACAGAGUCAAAGAAAAAGCAACUAUGACAACACCGGCGCUUGAGGCUUGAAGAGGAAGACGAGCUAAAAAAGGUGAAGUUUUUCUUGUGGAAGAAUAUCCAGUUAUUUCAUGAUGGCAUUUGCACCUCCAAAAAGCAUAGAUGGUUCCAAAAUGCAGACAAAGAUGAGUACCUGGACACCUCUAAACCAUCAGCAUUUGAAUGACCGGGUAUUUGAAGAAAGAAGAGCUCUGCUUGGAAAAUGGUUUGACAAAUGGACAGACUCUCAAAGGAGAAAAAUCCUGACAGGCCUAUUAGAACGCUGCUCUCUGUCACAGCAGAAGUUCUGCUGUCGAAAGCUUCAGGAAAAAAUUCCAGCAGAAGCUCUGGAUUUUACUACCAAGCUUCCAAGGGUGUUGUCUUUAUAUAUCUUUUCUUUCCUGGACCCCCGAAGCCUUUGUCGUUGUGCACAGGUGAGCUGGCAUUGGAAGAACUUAACUGAGCUGGAUCAGCUCUGGAUGCUCAAAUGUUUGCGGUUUAACUGGUACAUCAAUUUCUCUCCAACUCCCUUUGAGCAGGGUGUAUGGAAGAAGCACUAUAUUCAAAUGGUGAAAGAACUUCAUGUUACCAAGCCUAAGACACCUCCAAAAGACGGAUUUGUGAUUGCUGAUGUUCAACCAAUUACAAGCAGCUCUCCAGAGGAAAAGCCGUCUCCUUCAUCAGCUUUCCGGUCGUCUUCCUCUUUAAGAAAAAAGCAUCACCUGGGGGAGAAAGAACUCCCACCCUGGCGAUCCUCCGACAAGCAUCCGACUGACAUCAUUCGCUUCAAUUACCUGGACAACUGUGGUCCCAUGGAGCAGCUCUGGCAGGGGUGA